CAGGGACUCCCUCUAUAAGAUACACAACCCUCAGACAAUACAAACCACCUAACAGGACGUAUGGUAUUACGCUAUUCGCGGCCCGAACCUGUCUAAACCUUGUGUUGCUUACACCAUCGUCUUCCUAAUCUCGGCUUUGUGCCUACAAUCUACCACCUUAGGGUAUACCUAGGUGGGAUUGCCGGUAAAACACCGACAGAUUACUUAAAUGAUAGGUAGAGGAAGAAAUUCUUCUAUAUUUGAGUAAGAGAGAGGUGUGUUUUCGUAAUCACCAAAAAUAUUUUGGUAUUGGAGAUGAAAUUAGUAAUCUACAGAAGCACCUUCCAUUAUUAAAAUGAUAGUUUUUUGGUAUUAAGGAGAGAGAUGGGUAAUAAUCUGCCAGAGAUACUCUCAAGUUUGGUUAAUUAGCAUACCGAAAGAUAGGCACACAAUAAAUGGGGGCAGCUUUCUGACCAGUAAGCCGGUGGCAGGUCAGUGUUAGCUCCUACUACUAUUUCCUAGUACCAAAGUGAUGAUCCAUCAAAAGAAAGGUACCCAAAAACUAGUCUGGCCCAUACAGGUCCAGCGGCUUCAAUUCCUCAUGGCCCAGCUCCUCUGGCGCAGCCUGGCCGUCCUGGCCCGACACACGUUGCGCGGCGCCUAUAUAUACGCACAGCCGGCCGGCAUAAGCAUGCAAGCCAAGGAACCACACUCACUCCAAGUCACAAGUUCUAACAACCACUGCUGGCUGAGGCAGGCCAACGUGCUUAGCAAGUAGCUUAGCUAUCCAGCAUCGAGAGAUCGAUCGAGAAAGAAGAGACGAUCCGGCGGCGAUGGAGCUGCUCCCCCUGCUCACGGCGCUGCUCCUGGCGCACGCCCUGGCCUACCUGGCCUGGACGGCCGCCGCGCGCCGCCGGCAGUCGCGGUGCUACCUCCUGGACUACGUCUGCCACAAGCCCCGCGACGGCCGCAAGAUCUCCACGGAUACGGCCGGCGAGGUGAUGAUGCGCAACAAGCGCCUGGGCCUCCCCGACUUCCGCUUCCUCCUCCGCGUCAUCGUCGGCUCGGGCAUCAGCGAGGAGACCUACGCGCCGCGGAGCAUCCUCGAGGGCCGCGAGGACGUGCCCGCGCUCCGGGACGCGCUCGACGAGAUGGACGCCUUCAUCGACGAGGCCGUCGCGGAGCUCUUCGCCCGGACGGGCGUCGCGCCCCGCGACGUCGACCUGCUCGUUUUCAACGUCUCCAUGCUCUCCCCUGCGCCGUCGCUGGCGUCGCGGGUCGUGCGCCGCUACGGCCUGCGCGAGGACGUGGCCGCGUACAACCUCACCGGCAUGGGCUGCAGCGCCGGGCUGGUGGCGCUGGACCUCGCCCGGAACGCGCUGCGGACGAGGCGGCGCGCGCUGGCGCUCGUGGUCUCGUCGGAGUCCAUCGCGCCCAACUGGUACUCGGGCACCGACAGGUCCAUGAUGCUCGCCAACUGCCUGUUCCGCAGCGGCGGCGCCGCGGCGCUGCUCACCAACGACCCGGCGCACCGCGGGCGCGCCAAGAUGGAGCUGCGCUGCCUCGUGCGCGCCCACAUCGGCGCCAACGACGAGGCGCACGCGUGCGCGCUGCAGCGCGAGGACGCCGAGGGCCGCGUCGGGAUGAGCCUCAGCAAGGCGCUCCCCAAGGCUGCCGUGCGGGCGUUCGCCGUCAAUCUGCGCCGCCUCGCGCCGCGCGUUCUCCCCGUCGCCGAGCUCGCGCGGUUCGCCGCGAGCCUCCUCUCCCGGCGGCUCCUCGCGCACCUGCGCUCUUCCGGCAAGAAGCAGGCCGGCGGCGGCGGCGACGCCCCCAGGAUCGACUUCAAGACCGGCGUGGACCACUUCUGCCUCCACCCCGGCGGCACGGCGGUGAUCGAGGCGGUGAAGCAGAGCCUGGGCCUGGACGAAGGCGACGUGGAGCCGUCGCGGAUGACGCUGCACCGGUGGGGGAACACGUCGGCGAGCAGCCUGUGGUACGUGCUGUCGUACAUGGAGGCCAAGGGGCGGCUCAAGGUCGGGGACAGGGUGCUCAUGGUGACGUUCGGGUCGGGGUUCAAGUGCAACAGCUGCGUGUGGGAGGUGACCGGCGACAUGGCCGACAAGGGGGCGUGGGCGGACUGCAUCAAGAGCUACCCGCCGGAGAGCCUCGACAACCCAUACAUGGUCAAGUAUGGCUGGAUCAACGACGUCGAAGGCGACGCAUUGAUGCUCUAAUUGGGGGCGCACACUACUUGGUACAGUACAGCUGAUGAUAACAACGGAAUCACUGAAAAGCAUGCACACGUCGUUCAGUUUCAAACAGCCUUUUGGGAACAGAUCAAAUGUGUAGCCUCGAGUCAGUAGCAGGGCUAGCAGCAUAUAAAAUCUGAAAAUAUAUGUAUACUGUUAAGUACAGAGUAGCACGUACCAUGUAUAUCUUGUCUGCUUGUUUUUUUCUUUUGGAAAAAGUUAUUGGAUGGUCGUUAAAUGAUGCUGUCCCUGUCCAUACAGAAACGUUUGCAAAAAUUCAAGUGUAAUA